AUGGGCGUAUCCUUUCGGGAGGAAUUCCGGUGCAGGAAGUUCCUUUUUGAACACACCCAGCUGUACCUGUUUGUCAGAUCACAGUGGCGCAUUCCUCACUGGCUUUACGUUUCCUGGAGGUUGUUCUGGGCAGGAUGGAACUUUGCUUGGAUCGUCUACAGCAUCAACUUAACAGUAGAUGCAGCACCGUACCCGGGUGCCGGGGCCAAGUGGUUGAUAUACCUCACCAACCUCUCCUAUCUCCUUCUGACUGUCCAGAGCAUCCUCCAUGCAGUGACUGUUGUCUCGUACAUGUGCCCACAGAAAAACAAAGGCUCACUGGAAUCUAUACAAGGAAGCAUCCCCUGGUACCUGAAGCCCCUUUGGUUGCUGACAAGUGUGGUGUUUAACACGGCCAUUAUUGUAACUGUUUUGUACUGGAGCCUGGUGUUUACAGGAGAACUGGACAACAUCGUAACUGUCAUGGUUCAUGGAGUCAACACACUGUAUGUGCUGACAGACAUCUUUGUCAUUGCCACACCAGUUCGCCUGCUGCACUUUAUCUACACUAUCAUAUUUGGCGGAAUAUACAUCAUAUUCACUGUCAUCUAUCAUUUAGCCAAAGGUACAGGGUUAUCAUCAGAACCAUACAUCUACACAGCUUUAGACUGGUCAAAGCCUGGUCCAGCUGUUGGCGUUAGCCUCGGAUCUUUGUUGGUGGCGCUGCCCUUUAUUCACUUGCUCCAGUUUGGGCUCUACACGCUGAGAAUCUACAUCCUGGAAAAGUGCAGAUGCUGUACAAGUUGUGCAGAGGAUGAUGUUAGAUGUAGAUGCUGCACGAGGAAAGUAGAUUCAGGGAACGAAGAAAUGGUUGAAGCUGUUUAG